GGUAUUAUCAUAUAAACACAAAGAUAAAAUUAAGGACUUUAAUUUAGGAGACGAGAUAAUUGCAAUUUUAACAACUUGCAGUGGCACUCAUGAUAAACACCGGUGUGCGAGGCGCUCUUGAGCGACAGCAGGGUCGGCCAAUCACAUGCCCAGCAAAGAAUGGGCUUGAACCAAUCGAUGAUCUUUUGGGCGGUCUAAAUGGAAGCAGUUUAACUUGAGGGGCCGUUUUUACGCUUGGUCCCAUACAGGUAUUGCUUGACAGGUCUCCUUUUAAUAGUCUGCAGCAUAACACCGUUUUUUGGACGGUAAAAACUACAGAGGAAACCUGACAAGGAAAAGAACGAAAUAUUAUAAAGACAUGUUUGUAGAAAACAAUUUCACAAUUAAUGUGUGAGUCAAGGGAAGAUGUACAGUACUAAAACACAUGAAUGGCAUUUGACAAAAAAAAUGAGGGGCACGUGACAGUGUUGUUUCCAUGGUAACACCCGCCGUACUGUGAACUACUUAUUGUAUGUUAGCAUACAUACCGCACCAUUGUGGAACAAAUAUAAACUAACAAUGGGACUAAUAACAUCGUCCCCAUCCACAAUAUAUAAGCCCCUGCUUUUGUUUUGUCUCCCACGCUGGCAGUGCGAGUUGAGCUGAGGUUGGCUGUGUGGCUCGAUACAUUAAUCAUGCAUGCCUGGCUUUUUUGGCCACUAGUUAGUUAGUUAGGAGACAGGAGGGAAGCUUGUUCUUCACACUGCUUCCAUGGCUACCUCCGGGGAAUGCACGCUCUGGACCACCCUGUGUGUGUGCUUCACAGCCCUGCACACGAGUGCCGUGAUGGUGACCAUGAGGGAGUCCACCAUCGAGGUGGUCCGAGGGGAUUUUGUCGUCCUGCCCUGCUCCUUCUUCACCUCCAGCCCCCUCUCCAGACUCAACAUCAUCUGGACACUCGCCCCUUUCUCCAGUCCACAGGCCCCCAUUCAGGUGAUCGUGUAUGACCAUGGUCAGGUUAUAGAGGACCCCUCCCUCAUUGGCAGGGUGGCUUUCACAGGUCUCCCUUGGAGUGCAGACAUCAUAAUGAAUGACACGCGUGUGUCUGAUGCUGGGACUUAUCGCUGCAUGGUCAACAAUCCUCCAGAGACGGCUGAUGCUGGCAUCGGGGAACUGGUCCUCAGUGUGCUGGUGGCGCCCUCGCUGCCGGCAUGCCACUGGGACGGAGACAUGGACACGGGAGGGAGUGUGAGGUUGUCCUGCGCUGUGGCCGAGGGCAUUCCGACGCCAGAGAUCCGCUGGGAUAAACUCAAUCCUGAGGAGAUUUCUCUUCCCAUCAACAUGGAGGAUGAUCUGUCCGGCUGGGUCCAAAUUGUCAACGUGUCCACGCAGACGUCUGGCCUGUAUCGCUGCUCCGCCUCCAACCUCCUGGGAACAGAAAACUGCUACAUCAACCUGUCCGUCUACAGCGUGGCAGGCAAUUCCUCAGGGAUCCUGCAGGGGGUGCUGUUGACGCUGUCCAUGGCUUUGACGCUGCUGGCCCUGCUGGUGCUCAUCCUGUGGCUUCAUCACACCGGUCAGGAUGGACGAUGGAGGCCAUCCAAACAGGAGGAGGAGGAGGAGGGGGAUGAAGGUUAUAAUGAGAUCCGCUACACUCCGUCACUGAUAAAACGUUCCUUUGUUUGACCAAGUAGAAAGACGCCGUAUUAAAGUUUUAAAUAAAAAAUUCUAAAUGAUUCACACAGCAUUAGUGGCAAUGGGUGAUUUACUCAACUACAGAGAAUGCCAGGCAUAUAUUAUUAAUAAUGUAUUGAUUUUAAAUAAGAAAAAAUACAUAAAACAAAAAACUUAAUGAAAUAAAUGACUUACCACCGUUGAGGCGUUAUUUUCGACAGCCCCAAUAUUUCCGGUCAUAUUUUACAAUAAGGCAUAGAAAAUGACAGUAGUUAACGAGGACAAGUUACUCAUUCAUCCCUCAUUACAUGCUAUUUAUCUUUAGUUCCUUUCUUAUUUCUAAAUUGAUUGAAAUCUGCAGCACAGUUGGCAUAAUUUAGCAUCUUUACGUUAGUUUGCUGACAGUUGACUAAAAACAAGACAAAAAAAAAAUGAAAUCAGCCACAGCAGCACAUUUGCAAACAAAGACACAAAAACCUUUAAUUUAAAUAGAAGAAAGAAAAAAAAUCGCUUUAAAAAACUGUACAGAACAUUGAACAUUGACUUUAAAGUUCUUAAAUAAAAGACCCUGCCCCUUCCAGACCCAGAACAAAAACAAAAGCGGGUGGUGGCAUGGUGCAAAAACAAACAAACCAAAAAAAAAAAAAAAACCCUGCACAUUUCAAAUGCAAAGCUUUUCUCCCCUUCGCUCACCUCAAACAGACCCUCCAACUUAGUGUUUUAAAUGGAAAACAACCCAGGACUUCCAAUCAUAAUAAAAUAGAUUUAUAUUUUAAAUAUAUAUUUAUAAUAUGAAACAUGCUGUACAUAAUUGCAAAGAUGAUGAAAUCCCUUUUUAAGUUGAUUUAAACUGACACUCUAACUUGCGUUUGCUUCCUGCAGGCAAAGUAAACAAAAGAACGAACAGGAAGUUUGACUGGCGGCAGUUUCAGAAAGAACGACAUUGGGGGGGUUACU